UGCUGCGGUCCCGACAUCCGCGCCUCGAGAGCAGAGGAUCAAAGACAUGUAGCCGCGAUGGAGCCGGGACACGCGCACGCGCCCGUCCUGCAGGGCCUGUGGGAGUGCGUGAGAGCUGCACAGGAGGAGGUCCUGCUGGCCCCGCACCUGGCCGCGUCCUGCGCCUUCCUGACGCACGUGCUGCUCUGCGCACCCUUCCUCGCGCUGGACGCGCUGGGCAGCGUGUGCGCUCGCGUGCGCUCGUGGAGGAUAGCCGCGGGUUCGGGCCCGCCGCCGCCUCUCAGCCGGUGGUUCGAGUGCUUCUGCCGGGUCCUGUUCAGGUACAUAACUGUGGUGGCCCCCGCCGCGGCGCUGCUGCAGCUGCUGAGGAGCCCCCAGGUCCCCGAGCUGGCCCCCUCCUGCUGGCAGCUCUGCGUGGAGGUCGUGGCGUGUUUUCUCCUCUUUGACACCUUGUUCUUUCUGUGGCAUUACGUCAUGCACAGGGUUCCGUGGUUGUACCGCAGCGUGCACCACCUGCACCACCAGCACCACGUCCCCUUCGCCCUGGCAGCUCAGGACGCCAGCUCGGCUGAGCUGCUGUCUCUGCUGCUGCUGGCUCUGAGCAGCGUGUGGCUGCUGGGCUGCCACCCCCUCAGUGAAGCCCUCUUCCACCUCCUCAACUGCUGGCUGGCCGUGGAGGACCACUGUGGCUACAACCUGCCCUGGGCGCUGCACAGACUGCUCCCCUGCAUGGGUGGAGCCCCCCACCACCAAGCUCAUCACAGUCAGCAAAGUGCCAACUACGCCCCCUACUUCACUCACUGGGACCUCUUGUUUGGCACAUACCGAGCAUAAACUUCAGAUGGAAAAGAUCUGUGUGCAGUAAACAAAGCAGAGCAAUAAUGUGAAAUGAGACAAAC